GUUUAAUUGUUAGCUAAACAUUAUGCGACCUGCGCGAUGCGUGUGUGUCAAUGACAGAUACUGUGGUUUAAGAAGGCUAGAAGCAGUUUUAUAUAGCAUGUUGAUAAAAUAAACAAGGCUGAGUCAGAUCGGAUCACUCCGUAAAGAUGCCUGCUGGUGUGUCGUGGCCUCGGUACAUCCGGAUGUUGGGAGCCAGUGUUUUGGCCAUGUUUGCAGGAGCACAGGCCGUCCACCAAUACUACCUUCCUGAUCUGAGUAUACCAGAAGUCCCACCAAAGCCUGGAGAGCUUCGGACAGAACUCCAUGGUUACAAAGCCAGAGAAGAAGCUGCUGCGGCCUUACGGAGGCUUAAAGAGGAGCAAAAGUUGGACUGAUAAUGAAAUGCAUUUUCUUUAAAAGAUGUGGUUCUGUGUAUGGUGUCAUUGUAAAUAAAGCAAAUGUUUAUGGUACACGGAAUAAACAUCUAUUCAUCCAU